GGCGGCGCCGCGGGGGGGGCUGGCGCCGUGGGUGCGGCCUCGAGGAGGCCGUGACGGGGCCGGGCAGGGGCGGCUGCGGCGGGCCGAGGGUACGGAGCCUCUCCGCAAGAGGCUGGCCCCAGCGCGCCGUUCUCCCGCGGGCUCGUGUCCCCCCGCGCCAGGGCAGCCCUGCAGCGCCAAGGAGCCUCAGCUCCGCUCCCUCGCAGCCCGGUCGCGGCCCCUCGCAGUGCCGGGCCCCGUGGGGGCUGCCCCGGCACAGCCCCGCCGCCGCCGGCUUGCCGCGGGCCGGCACACGAAGCGGGCUCGUGGCGUUGCAGCCGCCCUGCUGCUGCCCUGCCUUUGGUGCCGCGGCCAGGUUGGGGCCGGGCUGAACAAAUUCCCAGUGUUUCUGAGAGCUUCUCCUUGCAACCUGGUGCGCUUCCUCUUUCCUUUUCCUUUUUGAGGCCACCCCAGAUAAAAGCUCAUCUGCUGCAGAAGCGACAGCAGCUGGUCCGUGCUGUGGGUCCCGGGGACACCUCGAAGCGGAGUAAGGGAGGGAAAGGCUCAGGGCUGUGGCAGGGAGCCACAGUCACCUGCCCCCGCAGCUCCAUCGAUACACCCGGGCUCUGCUCCCAGCUGACACGGCCUGUGCCAUGGAGGGGGAGGCGGGCAGUGAGCGGAGCGUGCUGAACCUGGUGGCUGUGUUUGAAGAGUGUGGGUAAGGAGCACACGUCAGGGGCACUGCAGGUGCAUUAGGGCUCCACGUAGUGUGGGUUUUGGAAAGAAGACCCGUGGUGGAGGUGGUUUGGAGGCUGUGGGGAAAGGCGAUUGGGUAAUCUGUUCUUCUUUAGCACUCAGAUUUGCCCUGCAGCUUUCCUCGUGCUGCAGGUCAUGGAGAAAAGUCUGAAAACCUCAGCUAGGAGGUGACUGACUUUGCUGGAGGUUUCUGUGCCAGGAUCAGGUUUAGGCUCAGUACCUUUGCAGUUAGCCUGCCUGCUGAAUGUUGUUUUUCUGCUGCUUCUGGAGAAGAGGAUUUUGGUUUGCAAACAUGCAGACAGUUCUCACCCAGUGGCAAGUAUGGCUUGGGGCGGUAGGUGCGCAUGCUUCCUGCCAUAGCUCCACCAGUACACCUCCAGCUUCCUCUGCAACUCUUCUGACCAGAGCAGCUGCACGAGCUCUGGUCCAGCAGGUAGAUAGCUGGGCACUUCGCAGUCCUUGGAAAUCGGCUGCUUGAGUGUCUAGGAGGGCCUAAGCCUCAGACACCAGCUUCAGACAUCCAGUUGUUUGCAGCAGUAUGACCCCUAGGAAGGGGAACAGAAAGCAUCUUGCAAGGGAGUGUGUGUGGGGGGGCAGUGAAUGCCUUUCAGGCUGUGUGGCUGCUCUGUAAAACAGCAUCUUCACUUGAAGCAUGAGCUGGGACCUGCAGAUCACACGGGAUGACAAACAGCAUAGGCCAGAGUCAGGGCUGGUGAUGUGCCUUGCCCUAGUGAAGUGGGUCAUGUUUGUGGUCAGUGCCUCGGUUUUCCUAUCUGCUAAAUAGGGAUACCAAAUCUUGCCUUUUCUUAUAUCUGUGAGGUGCUGUCAGUGAGCCUUGGUUUUGCAGCCCUUCCUAAAGAUGGCGAGACAUAAGAUUUCCUUCUGCUCCAGGUGCUUUGCCUGCAUUGUGUGCUUUGCUUGACCUUUGUGCUCUGGAUGGCUUCAGAGUAGCAUGGUUGUUCCCAUGGUCCUACAGUCACAAUUUGUCUUGUGAUGUUGUGUUGGAACCACUUGUGGUCUUUGAUCUAUCCCCAUUUUGCUGCUGCAGUGUGUUUGUUGUUUGCAUGUGUUUGAGUUAGGGGAAAUAAAAGUAACUUUUAUCGCUUUUGGAGGAAGCUGUAGAACCUGGAAACAAGUUUUCUGGAACAGAAAACAGCUUAGCCUAAGUCAGCACAAGUCAUACUGCAAAUAGAAAGAGAGAAGUUCCCUGUUGGAUCUCAGCAGCGGAUUUAGACUGACACAGGUCUGGGAGGCACUCGGAGUGAUGGAUAAAGCAUCUCUAUCACAUGAAGGACUAUGACUGCCUCCAAGGACAGGUGUGCGUGGCUGUGGAUGCCCUCACAAGCUCACAGACACAUGCUGGUCCAUGUGGGGACAGAUCUGUCCUCCUCUUCAGAUGAGUGUCUGCUAUUGAGUCACUUCCUGUCUGCAACUUCAUGGUUUUAUGUCCAGUUUCAUCCUGCUUUUCUCCUCCUCAUUCCAUUCCUGUCUGCAGGCCACCACUGGAUGUCUUACUAGUUUCUGCCUGGAGGAAUUUACUAAACAACCAGCUCUCAGGUGACAGACAGCUCACUGCUGUCAUCUUCAAGGUGCUGCUCUGGAUUUGUCUUCCUUGUCUUUGCCAGAAAAGAGAUCAUCCUUCUGCAAAACCACAAACCUUCCUCAGGGCUGAGACCUCUUGGCUAUUUGGCUUUUAAAGCCUUGUGCCCAGGACAGCUGGUUCCCUGCUUUGGCUCCACGGCAGCAGUAGACAGAAAGCCAGAGCUGUUCCAGUGCUGCAAAUGACAGGUCUGCACUUUGGGCAUUAAACAGCUGGGAGCAAGCAAAGAUCCAGAUGUGCCAUUUGCUAGCACCAAAGCUGAAUGGCGUGGACUUGAAGUGGAAGAGGAUCCUGCUGGGAACAGGGAUGAUGCCCUUCCAUGGAUAAACAAUACAGUCAAGCUUUGUCUGACAUGAAUCCGAAGUGAUGCUGUGAGCCCAGAGAUGGAAGUGGUCUUCAUGUGGGAUUUGUCAUGUCCCUGGGGAGGAAGGUUGAAAGGAUAAAGUCUGGGAUGAUCAAGGACUGGCAUUGCCUUGAAAGUUGUUGAGUUGGUGAGAGGCAUUCAGAGGCUGUCAGGUUUCCCAAGUCAGGUCCUAGCACAAUUAGUAAAAUGAAUUUUAAACUAGAGAUCCAGACUGGAACUGGCUUGAAGAGCACCAUGCCAAGUCAAGCAUAUGGAGACAUGGGGAACAAGUUGGCAGAGACACAUCUCUGGGAAGAAACACUGAAGUGGGAGGGGAAAACGUCCAGGUGGUCUGUUGCAUCCCAGAAUUUUGGCUGGAAACCUUCGGCAAAACAUGGUGACAUGUUUGUGUGGAAUUGCAAGGAGACAUCAGGAGUGGGGAGGAGAAAAGCCUGGGGCAGGGCAGGAAACCCAGCAAAGCCUCAGAUUUCAGAUUGCUCCCACCUAGUGGUGCCUGAGAGGAAGUGAUGGGUUGUGCCAAGGAGACAUGUGACUUGUGCAAGUCUGGAAGGCUAAGAUGGCUCAUGCUGCCUGUGGAUGGGAUAAAUGGCUGAGCUGUGCUCUUGCAGAGCAGGAUGGGGAUUAACCACACCAGCAGGAGGAACCAGGAGAGGAGAGACUGGAUCGUGUCACCCUCAGACUACGUAUAGGCUUUCAGACACUGGAUUGUAUCAGCAGGGUUGUGGCAGAGCAGGGUAGCAUCAGCACUGAGGUGCUGACGUUUCCUGCCACCUUGCUUGAGGAUGGUAGCCUGAUCCUAGGCCAGCUCAGGGCAGUGCUGUGGGAAAGCCAGCCUAUGGGUUGGGAGCCGGGAGGCCUGCACUGUGCUGGGGCAGCUGAUCAUACUGGUUCCCCCCCUUGCAGGCUUGGCAAAUUCCCCUGGAGGGACCGACACUCUCUGCAUGGCCAGACUUGUCCUGUGACCAGCCAGCCCCAACAGCUUCCAGCAUCCUCAGCCAGCCAGGGCCAGAACUUCUCCCAUAUGUCUGCCAGGCACCAAGCAGAGCAAGAGAGUGAGGAGGAGGAGGAACAGCAGCAGAGGAAGGCCUCAGCAGCAGGGCAAAAAGAGCAGCAAGGUCAGAAGGGGCUUAGCUUCAAAUGCCUUCGUUCUUUCCGACACAAGAUCAGCGGGGACAACUGGAGGCGGCAGCAGGAUCCAGGCCUCGAAGCUGGCAGCAAGGAGCCAGAGGAAAAGAAAAUCGCUCUGGAGCUGCUGGAGACAGAGCAGGCUUACGUCAACCGCCUCCACCUUCUUGACCAGGUAUUCUAUACAGAGCUGAUGAAAGAAGCCAAAAAUGGGAAGACAGUCCCAGAGGAGGUGGUAAAAAUGAUCUUCUCCAACAUUUCCUCCAUCUACCAGUUCCAUGCCAAGUUCUUUCUGCCAGAGCUGCAGAAGCGCAUGGAGGAUUGGAACUCCCACCCGAGGAUCGGGGAUGUGAUCCAGAAGCUUGCACCAUUCCUGAAAAUGUACAGUGAAUAUGUGAAGAACUUCAACAAGGCUAUGGAGCUCAUAACUAUCUGGACAGAGAAGUCACUGCCCUUUCAGGAGCUCAUUGCUGACAUCCAGAAGAGGAAGGUCUGUGCUAACCUAACACUGCAGCACCAUAUGCUGGAACCAGUGCAGAGGAUCCCACGCUAUGAACUCCUCCUGAAAGACUAUGUCCAAAAACUGCCGCCUGAGUCCCCAGAUCGGCAUGAUGCAGACAAGGCCCUGGAGAUGAUUUUCAUGGUGGCCAAGCAUUCAAAUUCAGCUAUUGCCGAGAUGGAGCGGCUGCAGAACCUCUGGGAGGUCUACCAGAGACUGGGCCUUGAAGAUGACAUUGUGGAUCCCUCCAACGAGCUGAUCAAGGAGGGGCCAGUCCAAAAAAUCUCAACCCGCAACAACAGCACAUCGGAGAAGUACCUGUUCCUGUUCAACAACAUGCUGCUGUACUGCGUGCCUAAGGUCAUUCAGGUGGGCGCUGAGUUCCAGGUCCGCCUCCGCAUUGACAUGGAUGGCAUGAAGGUGCGGGAGCUGAAUGACAUGCAAUUCCCUCACACCUUCCUGGUCUCGGGAAAGCAGCGGACGCUGGAGCUGCAGGCCAGGUCUGGGGAGGAAAUGAAUGCCUGGAUCAAGGCUUUCCAGGAUGCCAUUGACAGGAAGGAGAAGAGGAGUGAGAGCUUUAAGAUGGUUGUGCGUGGGCUGGAGACAGGAAACGCCACACUCAGGACAGAAGAGCUGGGCCGCCGAGCCCCACAGUGGGUGCGGGACAACUUGGUGACCAUGUGCAUGCGCUGCAAGGAGCCCUUCAAUGCCAUCAUGCGCCGCAGACACCACUGUAGAGCUUGUGGAUACGUGGUGUGCGCUCGCUGCUCAGAACACAAGGUGAAGCUGCAGUAUGAUGGGAACCGCCUAAACCGUGUAUGUCAGGAAUGCUAUGUCUUCCUGAUGGGCCAUGUAGUGCUGGAGGACCAGGAGUGGAAGCACAAAGGCAUCCUGGAGAAAGGAGCCGCAGAGAUAUCAGGCAGGAGUCUUCUGUGCAGUUCCCUGCAGCUGCUGGACAGGAAUGGCAAGGGAGGCAUGAGGGGCUGGUUUGUUAUCCCAUGGGAUGAUCCCCUUGUGCUGUACAUUUAUGCAGCCCCCCAGGAUGUCCGAGCCCACACCUCCAUUCCGCUGCUGGGCUACCAGGUGAGGGACCUGCCACAGGGCAACGCCCGACACCUCUUCCAGCUGGAACAGUCCCAGCAGGUCUACACCUUCGUGGCCGACACAGAGGAGCUGAAACAGCGCUGGAUGAGGACCAUGGCACGCUGUGCUGCAGGGAUCAUACACCCAGGGGGGGGUGAGGAUGUGGACUCAUGCAGUGAGGCAGAAUGAAGGCAGGCCUAACUCCUGGGCUGCCUGGUGGGUCACACCUACCCACCAACACCUCCUGCUCAUAGCCAGCCUUAGGCAGAUCCCCCACCUCUCUGCACUUUAAUUUUUCACUGCAAAAAGGGCAAGGUGGGGGUAUGUUUGCCACCAUAUGGACAAGCCAAUUUCCCCUCCCCUCCCCUCCCCUCCCCUCUUCUCCAUAGGGGAUGGAGGUACCCAGGAUGUGAGGUGGGGGGAAAGCCAGGGCAUUCUGGGGAUCCCGCAGCCUGCCUGGCAUUGAUCUGCUGCGUCGUGCUGCCGCCUGAGGGCAGCAAUGCCUCAGCUUUCCUCCGAGCCUGGUGGUGGGAUGUUGGAGGGGCUAUGCCUGUGUUUGUGAAAGCAUCUAUGGAACUGGAACCGCUGCCAUAAAUCCUUCCUCUUACCCCAGUGCACAG